AUGGCCGACCUCGAGGCACAGCAGGAUGACCAAUCCUCGACCAUCUUAGCCCGACCAAAUCUGCCUGUUACACUGCAGUUUGAUGAGGUAGUGUACAAGAUAAAAAUGAAUGAGGGAGGAUGGUCAGAGUUGAUGAAGAGGAAUGCGGAAGAAGAAGAAAGAGUCAUCCUUAAAGGGAUCUCCGGCAGCGUGCUGCCCGGAGAGAUGCUUGCAAUGCUGGGGCCCUCGGGCAGCGGCAAGACGACCCUGCUGACCGCCCUGGGCGGCAGGCUAGGCGGCGAUCUCACCGGGACCAUCACUUUCAAUGGGCAGCCGUUGUCGAAUGCAAUGAAGCGCAAGUCAGGCUUCGUCACCCAAGACGACGUCCUCUACCCUCACUUAACUGUGACGGAGACGCUCGUCUACACGGCCCUCCUUCGGCUGCCCGGUUCCCUGACGAAGGCGGAGAAGGUUGGGCAGGCAGAGGCUGUGAUUGCGCAGCUUGGCCUGUUGAGGUGCAGUAACAGCAUCAUCGAUGGGCCAGUUGCGAGGGGGGUAUCCGGGGGUGAGCGGAAACGGGUGAGCAUCGGACAGGAGAUGCUCACCAACCCGAGCGUGUUGUUCCUUGACGAGCCAACCUCGGGAUUGGAUUCGACCACCGCCCAAAGAAUCGUUUCCACGCUCUGGGAGCUCGCAAAUGGGGGCUGCCGCACAGUGGUGAUGACCAUUCACCAACCCUCGAGCAGGAUCUUCCAUAUGUUCAGCAAGGUUCUUCUGCUUUCGGAUGGGAAUCCGAUGUAUUUCGGCAAAGGAGCCGAUGUCUUGGAGUACUUUUCUAGUUUGGGGUUUUCCCCGGGGAUGGUUGCCACGAACCCAGCUGAUUUCUUGCUGGAUUUAGCAAAUGGAGUGGCAACGGGCGAUACCGAUGAAGACCUAGAAGAGGUUAAGCAGAGAUUGGUGACUGCUUACAAGACGGCCACUGUGAGGGAAGAGCUAUCAGUAGCCGAUUAUGACAGUGGUGCUCUUCCAGCCGAUGAUGAUAGGCGCUGGUCGAAUCCAUGGAUUGCUCAGUUCUCGAUCUUGCUGGGGAGGGGGGUCAAAGAGAGGAAAUAUGAUUCCUUCUCAAGGAUUAGGAUUGUGGAGGUUUUGGUUGCUGCCCUCGUCUGCGGACUCCUUUGGUGGCAAUCCGACAUCGACCACUUGCAAGACCAAGUGGGGCUCCUAUUCUUCUAUGCCGAGUUUUGGGGGUUCUACCCCAUGUUCCAGACCGUCUUCGCAAUCACUCAAGAGCGUAUGAUGCUCACGAAAGAGCGAGCAUCGGGCAUGUACCGCCUAUCAUCCUACUUCAUGGCCCUAAACCUCAACCUGCCCAUGGAUCUAGUCCUCCCCACCAUCUUCUAUGCCAUGACCUACACCAUGGCGGGCCUCAAGCACACUGCCGGAGCCUUCUUCUCGGGCCUCUUCGUGCUUCUCUACAGCGUCCUGUGCACCCAGGGGCUCAGCCUCGCCAUUGGGGCAGCCUUGAUGGACGGGAAGUCUGGCGUUACGCUUGGAGCCAUCAUCGUCAUCACCUUUCUACUGUCAAGUGGCUUCUUUGUUCAGCAUGUCCCUAUAUUCAUUAGCUGGAUCAGGUAUAUUUCGAUCAGCUCACACACCCUCAAUCUCCUGCUGUGGUCGCAGUAUGAGACUGAGGAGACCUUUCAUUGCACCGCAAACCACACUUGCCUAGUGAGGGAUUUUCCCUCCAUUAGAGCUGCAUGGAUUGGCGGGACUGUCAGCGCCGUGUCAGCCUCGUUCGUUGCCAUGACUGGGAUGCUCGUGUUUUAUAGGCUCAUAGCCUAUCUUUUCCUUAUGAGACUCAGUGUCCCUAGGAAAUAG